CUAUUUAACACUCUGGAUCCACCUUCAAGGCACUGGGGUGUAGAUCAACGAAGCCACCACUGCUCUUUCAAGAAUACUUUGACAGGUGGUGUUGAGAGAAAGUCCUUUGCAGGUGUAUUUUUUAAACUUUUUUUUUUUAAACAAAAUGGCACCAAAGAAGGACGUUAAGAAAGCCGCUGCCCCAGCACCUGCCCCUGCUCCUGCCCCAGCUCCACCUCCAGCCAAAAAAGAAGAAAAAAUUGACCUCUCUUCCAUUAAGAUCGAGUUUUCUAAAGAGCAACAGGAUGACUUCAAGGAGGCCUUCCUCCUCUUUGACAGGACUGGCGAGAGCAAGAUCACAUUAAGCCAGGUUGGUGAUGUCCUGCGUGCUCUGGGUACCAACCCGACCAACGCAGAGGUCAAGAAGGUUCUGGGAAACCCCAGCAAUGAAGAGUUGAAUGCUAAGAAAAUUGAGUUUGAGCAGUUCCUGCCCAUGAUGCAGGCUAUUUCCAACAACAAGGACCAGGGAAGUUAUGAAGACUUUGUUGAGGGGCUGCGUGUGUUUGACAAGGAGGGCAAUGGCACAGUCAUGGGCGCUGAACUUCGCCACGUGCUAGCUACCCUGGGUGAAAAGAUGAAGGAAGAGGAGGUGGAAGCUCUAAUGGCAGGUCAAGAAGACUCCAAUGGCUGCAUCAAUUAUGAAGCCUUUGUCAAACACAUCAUGUCCAUAUAAAUGGAACUCUCAAGAACAAGUGAUCUCUGUGAAGACUGACUGGAAACUAAGCCAUGAACUUUAGGAACAUUCAUAUUCAGCUCUCCAGAUCAGUUGACCAACAAGGCAGGAAAAACCAAAGGAAUUUGGACUAUACUAUACUGAAGGCCUCCCCAAUUUUUUAUGUACCUUUUUAGUUUUCCUUCUGAAUCCUCAAGUUAUGUUUCUACUACACAAGUCAAAUGUUUGCAGAAGCAAAUAUCCUCGACAAAGUUUCUACAGGUCUCCAGUCGAAGUUAUCUUUCUUUCGGUGUUAUCCACCCUGGGUAAAUGUGUACCCUUGAAAGAAUCUAACAAUCAAUAAAUCACUUUGGUCAGUC